CCUUCAGCCAGAAAACGCGCCAAUGACACGGCCAGCGUGGGAGCCCCGAGACGGCCUUGGAUUCGCCGCAGGCCCAUCUGCUCUCUUAUUGCGUGCCUGAGCUGCUGCAGCCGCAAUGCCCUGCAGCCCUCUCGACACCUGCUCACCACGCUUUAUCGCGGCCACGGACCGAGCAUUGUUGCUGGCAGCGCUGCCCAGCACCACAUAUGCGCGCGUCUCCACGCCCUUUGACGGUGAGCGAAACCCCACACGAGCCGAGCCACCAGGCCUGAGGCCAUUUGUAACACUUCUUCGUCAUAGCAUCUGCUCGUCCAAGGUCGGCACGCGUGCACUCUGCCGUGGACACGACCGUCACCCUUCGAUAGCCCGUACCAGAAGCUUUGUAGACGUCCAUGCACGAUAAUAGCUGUGAUCCUCCGCUCCUUAUCGCGACUUCCUGAUACACCCCACGCAGCCUGGGGUUCGCUUAUCUGAUUGGCCUGCUCAGGGCCAUCGCAUCAACGCAGAACAACUU